AUGGAGACUGCCCCUCGCGCACGCGGCGCCGGUCGUUCGGGCCCCCGCAGGCGGACGGGGUGUCUGACAUGUCGUGCCCGCAAAGUCCGCUGCGAUGAGAACAAACCCGUUUGUGCCAAUUGCAUCCGACUCCGACUGCAAUGUGCCUACAAGAACAUCAUUCCAGGCAAUCUUCCCCGUCGCAGCCACCCUCCGCGAGCCUCUUCCGCUACGACGACCAGCAGUACUCCGAGUACGACACCAUCGUUCCCUCCCGAUCCCGCGACCCACCCAGCAGCCCCUGGCCGUCCGGAUCCGAAUUUCUUCGAUACCGUGCUACGACCCGAUGAGCAGCGUCGUCGACGCCUGUCACACUUGUCGCAGACCCCCAGAGUCCAGGAAAGUCCGCUCCCUGCGGGCUCUCCGGUCCCCGGGACGGGGCCGUAUGCUGUGGACUUUUCCAAUUUCGACAUGCUCGGGUUUAUUGGGGAAAUCACUUCUGACUUCGAGCAGAAACAUCUGGACCUGACAAAUGGGACGUCAGAUUUCCCUCCCAUAACCUCCGGCCCCAUGACCUCUCCUAUCAGCCACGGGGUCCCCGUCGGUAUUGGUCUUCCGGAGUCUCAGAUCUGGACGACCGCCGGCACUCCGUCUGUCGCGGAAGUUUCCCUCGCCAGUGAAGGUCCCAAUGAAGGUGUUGGAGCUGACCCCGCGGCCACUGAACCGCCGCCCGUCGACAGUGGGAUUUGGCCCGAGACGCGAGCCUCGUACGAGGAACACUUGGUGACGCAAUUCCUGGAGAGUGAGGCGCCGCCGACGAUCUUUGGGCCUAUCGACCUGGAAUGGCCCUUUGUGCGGGGGAUCAUCGUGGCACAGUCGCAGGACUGCAAUGCCCUCCGGAGUAGCCUGUACUGCUACGCGGACCUGCAACAGGCCAGGGCGGAAGGCAAACGGUGGAAGCUGGCGCCGACAUACCACCAGCACGCCAGUGCCGAGAUCCAGACCUGCCUCCUAGGCGACGUGGCCGAACCGGUUCUAAAGCGCAUCUUCACGGCUGUGUUUCUGCUCAUGCUGUCAGAGCUGAUCUCUCCCCCAGAGAUGUGGCGUCCUGGGACGUCAUUCCUUCACUCUGCGUUUCUGCUCCUGCAGCGCUUCCACCGCCAGACGAAGUCCUGGACUGGCUUUAGCCACUUGAUCAUCUCCUGGGUGUCGCUACUCGACGUCAAAGCGUUGAUUGCCGGUCGUGACGGCGACCCGCUGAUCGACCUGGGGAGCCUCGCGGCGGACGCUGCACCCACCACCACCCCGCCGUCUCAACCCGAGCGAAAAGCCGACAACAACACCACCGACGCCGACUCUAAUGACGCGCUCCUCUCAAAACCCGCCUACCUAAUCCAUGACGCUAUUGUGGGCCCAGCGUUCCGGUUCUUCGCGCAAGCGCAACAGGUUAUCCGCCGCAUUGUCUGCAUUGACCUGCACCACCGCAGCCGCGGCACCGUCAGCGACGAGUUCGAGGUACUCCAGAUUGCCCAUCAGGUUGGGGCCGACCUCGAGUCCCUCUGGAAUAGCCGGCCGCGUGUCCUGGAUGUCUACGACCGGCCACGGGACCUUUGCGACACGCUGCGGCCCACCGUCGCCGCGGAGGUUUGCCGCACCUUCCGCCAGUACCUGGCCAAUUUCCUCGCCAUCUUUAUCUACCUGCACCGCGUAGCCUUUGCCAUCUACCCACGCACCGACCGUGUGCACCGUGCCGUCGACCAAAUUAUCCAGCUCGCCACGGUCGAAUCGACCAGCCAGCGUGGUCACCAGUCAUCCUCUUCCUCAUCGACAUCAGCAAAGACGACAACGCACCUCCCCGUCAGCUUUAUCUGGCCGCUGUUUGUGGCGGGACUGGAAGGUUCCCUCGAGCAGCGAGCCUGGAUCGUACUGGAGAUGCAGCGCAUGGCAACGAAUGACCCUCGGGACGUCGGACCUGGCACACCCCGCCAUCCUAAUGCAAAUAAAGCGCUGUUACUGUUGGAGGAGAUGACGCGCCGACAGGAUACGUCACGCACGUGGGCGGAUUCGCGCUGUGUGCGGCGGGAGUUAUUUACGGACUUUUUUGUAAUGAUCUGA